AUGCAGCAAGACCAACGACCCAGCCGGUUCGCAGCUGCUGCAGUGAAUCUGUCCCGUCGCUCUGAUAACCACGGUCCUCCUCAACACUAUAUGCUUUCACCGCGCCAAAUAUUGAUGGAAGGAUUCUCCCACCUCUCGGUUGGAGAUGUGAAUCCGCACCCCACGCUGCUCGACCGCCAUGCGUCUCAAUCGUCGAACCCGAGUGUGGCUUCAUUGGAUUCCCAGUUCGUCCCCGACAUCAACUGGCAACCGCCAGGCAGUAUACACAUACCCUCCCUGCAGGACGUGGCCUGGUGGUUAGAACCGUUUGGAGAUGACGUCCAUGACCUUCCCCCCGACGCAGACCUGUCCACUACUGUGCCUGGAGAGUCGUCGCAACUGGCAUCUCCGCUGGAUGGGAGCAGUCCUUGCACGGGACAGGUCGACGCGAGGCUCGACCGCAAGAAAGAACGCAGAAGAGAACAGAACCGACAAGCACAACGGCGCCAUCGCGAACGACGAAAUUUGAAUUUCUGCCUCACACAGGGCAAGGUCCGCGAGCUGCAGGCUGCCCUCGCCACGGCCCUUGAACAGCAACAAGUCGUCAAGCAGGAAAAUACUCACCUGCGAGGAAGGCUGGCGUCCCUUCAAGCGGAAGUUGACAGCUUACGGACGAGUAUUUCGCCCGCCGCGUUUGGGGACGGAGGUCUCGGGACCCCUUCAGAGUUUGAACUUGGCACAUGA